AUGGAAAAAAACAUCAUCAUCGUCGGCGGUGGCAUGUGCGGCCUUGCCUCCGCCAUCGCCAUCUCCAAGGCUCUCUCCUCAGCUCAAACUAACCUAACCAUCACAGUCUACGAGCUCCGCAGCGUCCCCAGCACCCUCGGCGGGCCGGUAAAUCUCACCCCGAAGGCUCUCCGAUGUCUGGACAUGCUCGGCGUCUUGGACGAGUUAAAGCAAGCGAAGGCCGGCUGCGAAGUCGAUGCCAUCCAGAUUCUCUCCCUGCGGACGGGCAAGCAGGUCGGGACGAUCGACUAUACCGGUCCCGAGGGGACCGGGUUCGGCGGGUACAAGGGGUGGCGGGUGAUGCGGUAUGAGCUCCUGCAGGCGAUGCUGCGGGUGAUUGCGCGGUUACCGGCCGUGAAGAUCGAGUAUGGGAAGAAGCUGGUGAGGGUGGAGGAGCUCGCCGGCGCGACUGCGCCGGAUCGCAAGCCUUCGUACUCUGCGGUUGCGGCGGCGUAUGGUUUUGUCAAGGCGAAGGCUGUGCUUGGGGAGAACGGCAGGCCGUUUUUCAAGGAUACAGCGCUGCUGAUGUCGCGGUAUGGGUCUGUGAUGACGACCUUCUGCGACCAUGCUCGGGAGCUCGUCUACGUGGUUGUGCUGAUGCGGACGGAGGAGCAAGGGUCCCGCGAAGGGUGGAAGUUGCUGGAGAAGGACCAGGAGAUGGUCCGGAAGGAAGGCAGGAGGAUCACGCAGCAGUCGGCUAUUCCUGACGCUGAGAAAUUCAUCGAGGCUGUGGAGGACUGGACGUUUUAUCCGAUCUACCUGCUCCCGCCGAACGGGCAGUGGGCCACAGAUCGGGUGCUACUUCUGGGAGACGCUGCCCAUGCGAUGCCUCCAAAAGGCGAGAGUAUCGGUCAUGCGCUCGAAGAUGCGAUCAAAUUCGCCGAGGUCCUCUCGCGGUACGGGGUAGACGACCCCAAGGCCAGCUUCCGCUUCUUCGAAGACAUUCAGCGAAAGAAAGUAGAGGCCGCCCACCAGGCCGCCGUUAGAGGCUGGAUGCCGGCCCAUGACAUGGGCGCUGUGUUUUCUAGGGUAUUCGAGUGGAUCACUCCACUGUUCUUGUGGUGGAUGACGAGAGAACAGCAGCAGGACUUUCUGGAAGAUCCCAUGGACAUACCAUUUCCAGAUCGUGACGAGUCUGCAAGGCUCACGUAUGAUACUAGGUGUCUUAGAAAGUGGAUAAAGGCAUAUGCUUAUACUAAGGAUGUUCACUAA